AUGGUGGGUAAGCGAGCUUUCGACGCUCAAUUCGAAAGGCCCAGUGCUGGCUACAAUGUUAACGGCGACCUUGAAACAGGCAAAGGAGGCAGGCGUUCUGGCGGCUUCAAAGAUACCGUCGAAAACUUAAUGGAUCGUAAGACAACGGCGGACUUGAAAAAGCAAUUGUGUGCCGGUGUCCGCAAAGGAGAGUUUGAAAGCUACCGCAAAAGCGACGAAGAGUUGAAGCAUAUCAAGAACAAAAAACUUCGCAAGUAUUACGAAAAUCAGAAUGCUGCAUUGAAUGAUUGGGCAGAGGUCGACACGAUCGUUUUGGCCAUGGCCGAUGAUGUGAUAGAAUCUAUGAAUACGGAUGCCGAUCACGACGGUAUCAGAGAAAGAGAAGGUGUGUUGCAAGGUGUGGAGGAGCGUAUUGAGGACUUGUUACCUGACGAAGUACGAAUGCAACGACGAAGGGCUGCCCGGAAUGCAAGAUGGGCAAUCAACAUUAAUGUGAUUGCCAACAUGAUCCUUCUAUUGGCCAAGGGGAUAGCAGCCCUGAAGUCGUCCUCACUGUCGCUGAUUGCAUCAUUGCUCGACUCAGCGCUCGAUCUGCUGUGCACAGCCAUCGUAUGGACCACAAAUCGCCUCGUCUCAUGGAGACUGUCAGCUCUGUCUCGCAAAUUCCCUGUUGGCCGUCGAAGACUUGAGCCACUCGGAAUUUUGGUGUUCUCGAUAAUCAUGGUGAUUUCUUUUCUGCAAAUAUUGCAAGAAUCGGUUGAGAAACUCCUACCAGGGGGCGAUCACAAAAUUGCAACUCUCCCGGUCGUGGCAAUUGCCUCAAUGGCAGGAACUGUUGGACUCAAAGGACUUAUUGGGUUGUGGUGUAUGCGGAUCAAAACUACACAGGUGCAAGCCCUGGCGCAAGAUUGCAAGACCGAUGUUUAUUUCAACACGCUGUCACUGCUCUUCCCGUUAAUUGGUAAGCAUGCUGGCAUAUGGUGGCUAGACCCUCUAGGCGCGGCGCUGCUGUCGGUUUAUAUCAUCUACGACUGGGGGGAUACCUGUUUUGAAAACAUCACCCGUCUCUGUGGACUUGCGGUGGAUGACACGGUGCAGAAGAAGCUGGUCUACCUAGGUUAUCGGUUUAGUAACCUGGUUACUGGAUUUAAAGCAAUCACCGCCUAUCACGCCGGCGAUGGGGUCUGGGCCGAGUACGAUAUCUUGCUUGAUGAGAAAACACCUCUUCGAAGGACACACGAUAUUGCUGAAACACUGCAGUAUUGUGCUGAGGCACUAACAGAGGUUGACCGUGCUUUCGUCACCACUGAUUAUUCCGCACAAAAUCCUGGUGGCCACACUAGAGAUUUGAUGUAG